CAAUUAUCGCAAUCAUCCCGUCUCAGGCUGGACGAUAUACCUACAUCACGUAUUACUGCCACCAGCGCCUUCGCCUUCCUCAAUUGCACGUCUUGACCGGGUUAAUGGGCUCUCAUGGCCUCUUGGCGAGGAUUCCGUUUCCUUGGACAACCUUAACCUCCUGCCCGAUCGGGCAGUUCAUAUGCAGGCGGAAAUCGCAAUCAAAUGGCAUCGUGAGGGGACAUUUAAGAGUGUGCUGUGCUCCCUGUGUGAUGCCAGGCAUCCGCUAUCCGUUGGGUCGCUCUUCCCUCGCGUCUUUCCUCACUUCGUCGCCGGGCUGUUAGUUGUGGGGCGGCAUUAGCGUUUAAUUUGCAAGGCACGAUUAGCGUGAGGUAGAACUCACGGCGUCCUUGAUCUUUAAGACUGUUCCGUUUGUGCCUCAAGUUCUCAAAUCAUCACCACUAUGAGGUCAUACCUGCUUUGGGCAGCGGUGCUCCCGCUUGUUCGGGCAAUCGAGCCCCCGCGGGUGCCUCAUCAACCUCUUGGCAAUGGCACGAAACGCUUGUCUUUCAACGAGACAACGCUGACUCCCGGAACUCUGUCCGCUCAGACGAGAUCUCUCGCAUGGGUCAGCACAGGAGAAGACGGCGACUACAUCUACACCGGUGACGAUGGCUCCUUCAUCUUCGAGAACAUUGCUACGGGAGAAUCGACGACCUUCCUCUCAGCGGACAAGGUGCCCGCCGAUUACUGGGACUACUCGAUCUCGCCGGAUGCAAGCCGUGUGCUUUGGUCUGUCAACUACACCAAGCAAUAUCGGCACUCUUAUUUUGCCGACUAUCUAGUGCAAGAUGUAGAGUCCGGGGAGGUUCAGCCGCUUGUUCCCGGCUCCAGCGGAGAUAUCCAAUACGCCGAGUUCAAUCCCGCAUCUUCUUCCCAAAUCGCUUUUGUUCAGGGGAAUGACCUCUAUAUCUGGGAAAAUAAUACAAUUUCCCGUAUCACUGAGGAUGGCGGCCCGGAUUGGUUCAAUGCUGUGCCUGAUUGGGUGUACGAGGAGGAAAUCUUCGGCGAUCGUUACACUCUUUGGUGGUCUCCAGAUGGCAAGUACAUCGCUUUCCUAACUUUCAACGAGACAGGCGUCGAGACCUUUCGCAUUCCGUACUACAUGGACAGCGAAGCUGUUGCACCUUCGUAUCCGCGCGAGCUCGAGCUGCGAUAUCCUAAAGUCGGUGCCAAAAACCCCACGGUUGGGUUCAAUGUGCUCGACGUGGAGGCGCUCAAGGUGACGAAUGUGCCUAUCACGGUGUGGCCGGAAGACGAUCUAGUGCUCGGAGAGGUUGCCUGGUUGACAGAAGACCACGGGAAAGUUCUGUACCGUGCCUACAACCGAGUGCAGGAUCAAGAGAAGCUGGUUGUCGUUGAUGUGCCCUCUUACUCGUCAAAGCUGGUUCGCGAACGCGAUGGGUCUGACGGCUGGCUGGAAAACUACAUCGCCAUUUCUUACGUCGGUCCAAUCUCUAGCUCUAACGCAACCUACGGAAACACCUCGACAGAGUACUACAUCGACUUGUCCGAUGAAAGUAACUGGAACCAUCUCUAUUUAUUCCCUGUGGACGGUGGCGAGAAGAUCGCGCUUACUUCCGGAGAGUGGGAAGUACGCAGCAUCCUCAAGAUCGAUUCGAAGCGCAACUUGAUAUAUUUCACGUCGACUGAGCACCACAGCACUGAAAGCCAUCUCUACUCAGUCAACUACGUGACCGGAAAGAAGACGGCGUUAGUCGACGACACAGAAGUUGCAUUCUGGACAGCCUCUUUCUCUUCCGGCGGCUCUUACUACGUACUUCGGUACUCUGGUCCAGAUGUCCCGUACCAAGAGCUGUAUUCGGUCAACUCCACUAAGGCUAUCCGCACCAUCGUUGACAACAAGGCGCUCUACGAAAAACUACAACAGUAUGCGCUACCUAACAUCACAUACCACGAACUUCCUCACCCGUCUGGUGUCAAGCUCAACGCGAUGCUGCGUCUGCCCCCGGGUUUUGACUCGAGCAAAAAGUAUCCUGUGCUUCUUAUUCCCUACGGUGGCCCCAAUGCACAGGAAGUCCACAAAGACUUUACCGCGCUCAACUGGAAAGCAUAUGUGGCUUCCGACCCAGAGCUGGAGUACAUUACUUUUACGGUCGACAACCGAGGAACUGGAUACAAGGGACGCGAGUUCCGCGCUUCCGUGACGUCAAACCUCGGAGAUCUGGAGGCACAGGACCAGAUCUGGGCUGCCAAGUGGUUGUCAGAGACUUUUAGCUUCGUCGACAGCAACCACAUUGGUAUCUGGGGUUGGUCGUACGGUGGAUACCUUUCUUCGAAGGUCGUCGAGGUUGGCGAUCCUAUCAUUUCCUUCGCCAUGAUUACGGCACCAGUAUCUGACUGGCGCUUCUACGACUCCAUCUACACGGAGCGCUACAUGAAGACUCCCGAACUCAACGCUGCCGGUUAUAACGUAUCGCGCGUCCAUGAUUCUACCGGCUUCAAGAAGAUCGCCGGGGGCUUCCUUAUCCAGCACGGUACCGGCGACGACAAUGUGCACUUACAGAACGCCGCAGCACUGACGGAUCUAUUGAUGGGCGACCAGGUCAACCCCGAAAAGAUGCAGAACACCUGGUUCACGGACAGUGACCACAGCAUCAACUACCAUAACAAUGGAAAGUUUUUGUACAGACAGCUGAGUAAGAAGGUCUUCGAGGAAAAGAAGAGAGUGGGUGAGUUGAAGGGUGAGCAUCAAUGGAGCAAGAGGAGCUGGGGAAUGGAGACUAUGCGUAAGAUCUAGUGUCGGUUGUAGAUCACAGUGCGUCAAGUACAAUCAAAG